GGCGAGUAUUCAUCACAUCAAAACAACUGCUAUAACUCAAGCGAAGCGAUUCGUGUUUGUAAUCAGUGCCUACCACUCGCCAACUGGUCAGAGCAAAAAAAAGCUUUGAGAAUGUCACAACGAGAAAAAGUUCUAAAUCUCUAUAAAACGGUAAAAAAAAUACAGUUGCUUUAUAUGGGCCGAGAUUACCCCCAGGGUUUCGAUUUCUUCCGAUCUAAUCUGAGGCGAGCAUUUUUGAAAAACAAAUUCGAAAGUGAUCCCGAGAAAAUUGACAAGAUGAUUGAACGGGGACAUUACGUUAUGAAGGAGAUCGAGGCUCUGUACAUGUUGAAAAAAUAUCGAACCAUGAAGCGGAGAUACUACGAUGAGCCUCCCAAUGCAGCAUAGAUCAAUCGCUCACGAUUAAUAUUUUUAAACAAUAUUUUUGUACAAAGAGAGACGAUGCGCAGCUCGACGCGCAAAUUUUUCUUAUUAAUCGAUAAUAAAAAAAAUAUUUUAUAGAGUUUUAA